GGAAAGAAUCCGGAUUGCGGAACCAACGAACAUACCACGUGGCCUGCUUAGUUCUGUCUAGCAGAAAGGAACACGCUGUCCAUAAUUCUUUGUCAAUAAUUGUAAUUAUCCGACAGUAUAGCUGGCCAGCAAUACAAAUUCAACAGGCAAAAUUGUUAAAAACUAGAAACAUGUACACGGUAUAAAUACGACCUAGCUAAACGCCUUAAUUUUGCAUGCUAAUAUUUGGUUACUGAAAGAAUAUUAGCUGGUAGUACAUGACUAAACUUGCUUUCGGCGCGAAGACUGUCUCUGUUUUUUUUUUUUUUUUUUUGCUGUUAAACCGUGUCGCAGGUGGUAAACAUCAGGAAAUUGUGGUUCCUUGAGAUGGAAAAGGCCCCCUUGCCUGGUGAUGAAAACGGGACAGUGAUGACUGAGAGGCCAUCAAUAGCCCAGCUCCUUGAGGCGAACGGUGACGCGAGUUCAGCGGAGGAUGGAUCUGCGGACCCCUUGCGCGAUGCCUGGAGCAGUAAAAUACAGUACCUUUUAGCUCAGGUGGGAUUCAGUGUUGGGCUCGGGAACGUCUGGAGGUUCCCUUACCUCUGUCACCAGAAUGGAGGCGGAGCGUUUCUCCUCUUGUAUGUACUGCUCUUGGUGGUGGUGGGGGUUCCCCUGUUUUUCCUGGAGUUGGCGGCCGGUCAGUGCAUCCGACAGGGCAGCAUUGGGGUCUGGAAACUCAUCUCUCCCAAACUGGCAGGGAUAGGAUACUCCAGCUGUGUGGUGUGUUUCUUCGUAGCGCUGUACUACAACGUCAUCAUUGGGUGGAGCCUCUUCUACCUGGGCAGUUCUUUUCAGUACCCCCUGCCCUGGGAACAGUGUCCCAAACCCAUGAACAAUAAGACCGUGCAGGAAUGUGCCGACAGUUCUCCCUCCACGUACUUCUGGUUCCGCAAAGCCCUGGACAUCACGGACUCCAUCGACGAGAUCGGAGAGUUCAACGUCAUGAUGACCGUCUGUCUGCUGGCCGCCUGGACCAUCGUCUGCCUCGCCAUGAUCAAGGGGAUCAAGUCGUCCGGCAAGGUGAUGUACUUCUCCUCUCUCUUCCCCUACGUGGUGCUGCUGUGUUUCCUCAUCAGAGGGCUCCUGCUGGAUGGGGCCUCAGAAGGGCUCACCUACAUGUUCUACCCCAAGCUGAGCAUCUGGGGCGAGGUUCAGGUGUGGCGGCAGGCCGCCACCCAGGUGUUCUUUGCCCUUGGGCUGGGUUUCGGCUCCGUCAUCGCCUACUCGUCCUACAACCCCCCCAAGAACAACUGCCACCGCGACGCCCUGGUGGUCUCCUUCAUCAACUUCUUCACCUCCGUCCUGGCCUCUCUCGUGGUGUUCGCCGUGCUCGGCUUCCGAGCCAAGGCCCUCGCCAUGAAAUGCGUGACCAAAAAUUUGGAGCUCCUGUCUGAGUUGACUCCUCUGGAGGAGCAGUGGUUGCCCAUGUUCAACAUGUCUGACCCCAGUUCAGUUUCCCUGGAGGAGUAUAGCGCGUGGUUCCAGCGUAAUGUCGAAAUACAAGGGAAGAACAUCACCGACUGCAGUCUGGAAGCGGAGAUGAGCAAGGGCGUGGAAGGCACCGGCCUGGCCUUCAUCGCCUUCACGGAGGCCAUGUCCCUGUUCCCCGGCAGUCCCUUCUGGUCGGUGCUCUUCUUCCUGAUGCUGCUCAACCUGGGCCUCAGCACCAUGUUCGGCACCAUGCAGGGCAUCCUCACCCCGCUCAUGGACAACUUCAAAACGCUCUCCCGCCACAAGACCCUGCUCACAGUAUGCAGCUGUGUGGUGGGGUUUGUGAUCGGGCUGCUGUUCACCCAGCGCUGUGGGAACUACUUUGUGUCCAUGUUCGACGAUUACUCCGCCACUCUGCCUCUCAUCAUCGUGGUCAUCUUCGAGACGCUCAGCGUAUCCUGGGUGUACGGGGCCGACCGGUUCUUGGAUGAUAUUGAGAACAUGCUGAAGUGGCGCCCCCCGGUGGUGUAUAAAUACCUGUGGCAGUAUGUCUGCCUGAUCGCCAUGGUGGGCCUACUCGGGGCCAGCUUACUGCGCAUGUGUUUCAAGCGUCCCACUUACACUGCCUGGAACCAAACUACGGCCUCAGAGAUGAGUCUGGAGUACCCUGGCUGGGCACUGGCUUUGCUGGCAUGUCUUAUUGUCUUUGCUACUCUGCCGGUCCCAGUGGGCUAUCUUCAUUCUGUUGUGAAGGCCAGACUGUGGCAAGGACCUGCUGGAGGGAGGGAGCGGGAUUUGGAGAGAGAGCAGUACAGAAAGUGCAGCUCUGCUGAACCAGACUCCACCCCUGGACUCACCCCAUUGGAUGACGACGAGAGAGAAGAAGAGACUUCCAGGAACUGUUUACAUCCACUGAAUGGAGAGAGCUACCGACUGCUCUCCCAAGAGGCCGAAGAAGGAGAAGAUACCACCGGGGUAUGACAGUGAAGAGGCGAGAGGAUGGGAAAUUUUGGGCACAAAAAAUACCAAGACUGCAAUCAAAACACAUGGAUGGAAGAGAAGUAGAGACAUGCAUACGCAUUUGCGUGUACGUAUGGGAUGGAGCAUACCAUUCUUCCAUUAUUUAUAUGGAUAUGUAUGGUGCAGCCAUGUAUUUAUGUUUGAACUACAUUUUUUAAAAUUAGAAAGCGAAGCUUUAAGUUUGCUUCUGUAAUGGAAACCCCAAAAAAAAUUUUCACACCUCAGCAGGGUAAACAUGCCUCCUGAAGCAAAAAAACAACGCUCGUUUCAUAAUACCAUCCACUGGUGCCUGUAAUAUGGUACUGCUCUCCUUUGAUACUUGUGUGGUAUUCAUUGAGUGCCACCUGGAGCACCAUCUCUGACUGCUCCCUUGUCUCCUUGAAAUGAGGUGCAGAGGAGACCUUUCCAGCCAUUUGGUGGUGAUAAAUGGCUAUCGUUUUGUUUCUGUUGUGCAUUUUUACCCUUUCAGUGAGGGUAGAGGCCUCUCUCUUGUCUUGUCGUUGAAAAAAUAUAAGUUAUGAAUUUGUAUUUUAAAUAUUUUAAUAUAUUUGGUACUUGUGGAACAUUGUGACUUUCUACAUCUCAGAACUAGAGGGCUGUUCAGAUGGGACCCAAACUCACACCAUUGCUUACUUCAGCGUAAAUACUCAACCUGACGAGGUAAGAACGGUCCAAGCCCAUGCCUCAUUUAGUGGAUGAUUACAUGUUUUGUGGUCCACUCCAUGUUUUUGUUCACUACCAUGUUCAAAUACAGGUAUGCCCCAUAUUGUGCUGAUGAUAAAUUCUCGCAGAGCGUUGCUGUCCAUGAGCCAUGGUUCAUAUUGUACAUUUAUUUUUGUAUUGUUUCAGUUAAUAUUAUUGAUAAUAUUGGUGUAUUGAUUUUUUUUUUUUUUUUUUUUUUUUUUUUUUUUGAGCAGAGAAAUUGUUACAUUGACUCUUUGUUGAAUGAGGUAGUGGUAAAUGGGGUAUGCAUGCCUGAUUAUGUAAUUACCAAGAUAGCAGCUGGUAGGCUAGUCACUGGUGCUUUUGGCUUUAUUGAUGUGACUGUCUAGUACAGAUGCACAAUAUGGAAAUUUUGGGGCCAAUAUCAACAGACAUUAGUCUACGGUUUUGCAGUUUAGCACAAAUGUACUGUCGCCAAGUUUACAUGAUAAUGCAGGAAGCAGAUGACCACAAACAUGAACCUAUGAAGGAAAAAUGUAACCGACUUUGUGUAACUAAAUAUUUCAACUUUGUCAUCAAGUAAGCAGUAGAAUUUGAGCUACCGAGUUUCUGUGUAGCUUUGCUUGUGAGUCUGUAGAUUUAUUUUUGAGUUUGAACGUUUUUUUUUACUGUUCAUUUUAAAAUGAUAAUUUUUAAUUAUAAUAAUUAAAUUAUAAUUUAAAAAUAAAUUAUUUAAGAGGUUGAGCCAGGGUUAGGCUAAUUUACAGCAUCAGUGGAGCAUCAAAUGCACGAUGACAUCAAAUUUGUGUCUGGUGCAUGUGUGAGCUUAUAGGGCUACAACCCUCAUAUUAUUGUGCAUCCAUAAUGUGUAUGAAAAAGGUGUAUUAUGUGCUGUUCAGAUGUUUGUAGUGAAAAAUCUGACCCCCUUUCGCAUCCCACCAGUGGGUCCCCCAGUGCACUAAAGGACCCACAGGACUGAAGGCGGUAAGGGGAGGCGGGAACUUAUGACUAUCAGUAUGUUGCUGAUGCCUCUCCCCCCCAUUGCCCAAAUUAAGUGUACAGAAGUGUUCUGUCUUAUAGCAAAAGUUGAUUUAAUGACCAAUCUAUUUACUAACCCUGGUUCAAGAUUAGGGGUUUUUCCAAUAGUUUUCAUAUUCUUUAUUUUCAUAAUUAUCAUAGUGUCUUCUGUCCAUAGCCUUGCUUUUGAUAAUGAGCUUCAAAAUGAGCUUUGUUUCUCUCACUGUACUUGAUUAUAGGUAAUGCUUCCAUUCAUACAUUUUUCCCAAGUGUGAAGGUUUUCUUCUGCUGUGUGUGCUUUUUAAUAUUAAUUCUGCUGCUUUUUUGUUUUUAUAUGAGCAUGUAUUGCCAUGUCAUGCAUAUUGGUCCUGAGAUAAUCAAAUGGUUGACAGAAAUUUGUGUAGGAGAUAAGGUUGUAUAAAUUGUAUAUAAUGCUGUAAAAUAAGAGUUUGAAUGCGUUCCUCAAAUCAAAAUGCUUGUUCUUCAUUUUAGUCUAUUUUAAGAAAGGAUUAUCUGCUGUUUCUUUGAUAUUGACACUGUCACAGUCAUAGAAAGUAGUUGAGGUUAGAGGUUCUGAAAUGAAGAAGUACUGUUUCUGAUGUUACAUGUAAUCCAGUUAUUGAGUUAGCAAGCGUGGCUGUGUUGUUAAAAAAACAUGUAUUUCUGCUCUGUAAUUACACAAUGGUACAAUUCCAGGAGCCUGCAAAAGUUACAACUACAUUGAUAUUCACUCCUGUGCAGGGCCUUUUUGGGUGAAUUGAAGUCCUUUCUUUGACCAUAUUACACUACAGCCUCACAGUGCUGUGUUGUACUGACUCAUACUAAUACUAUGCUGUUGCAUAUGUACUUCUACAGAAGUUGUACAAUCAAUGUUCAUAAGAUUUAAUUUCAGGUCAGUGGGUAAUCAAUUCCUUAUUCAACUGUACACCCAUGUUUCUUAGCAUCCAUAUGUAUGCUAUUGGACAAAAUGGCAUGAAACUGUCCAGGAUCUUGGCUGCUUGAAGUGAUGAAUACUUUUAAUGUUUCAGCUGAUGUACAAUGUUGUAUUUUCCCCAUUUAAAGUGUAUUUUGUAAGUUUUUUAUGAAAUGUGUUUAAAAGUUUCAGGUAUUUACCAAUUGCUUAUCUUUUGCACAACCUAUGCCUUUCAAAGAUCAAUUUGUUUAUGGUUUGUUCACAAUAUUUGGUUUUAGUCUUUCCAACUUUGUACCAUCAACAAGGGCUGUGAAUAUUUUUUGUAUUUGUAUAGACAGUGUAUGCACCCACUAUUGUGCCAUAGUCCUCCAGGACCAAAUAGGGUGACCACGUGUGUCAUGGUCUCAUGAUGGAAAGAUGUUUCUGUGGUGUUUUUAGGCCUUUACAUACAGUGCCUGUAGACAAGGGACGGUCGGUUCAAUUCCCGGAUGACAGGAAUCCUGCAGGUUUUAUAGUUUCCCAUAGUGAGCAACACUUGCAUGCUAAGAAAAGUGUCUUACUGACCCAACUAAUAAACUUUUAAACAAAUGUGAUAUGAGAUGGAAUAAAAAUCAGUAGCUUCUCCAUCCCUCAUGUACUGGAGUCUCAUUCAGUGACACUGCUUAAGCUCAGCGUAGGUUCCUAUUGCAAACACUUGCUCAACAGCUGAUUUUCUUUCCUGAAAGAAAAUUUGACUUCUGCAUUCUGAAUUGUUUGACUACUUUUCUUGUGUGAAUUGCUGGUAUGUACAUUUGUGAUCUACAUGAAAUGGCACGUUUUUUCAUGUAGCUUAACAGCAAUGACAAAUAAAUUGGAUUUUAAAUAU